AUGGAUUACCAGAAUCGCGCAGGAUCCAAAUUCGGCGGUGGCGGUGUCGCCUCCCAGUCCGCAUCCAACGCCGACCGUCGUGAGCGCUUGCGCAAGCUCGCACUGGAAUCUAUCGACCUCGACAAAGACCCCUACUUCUUCAAGAACCACGUCGGGAGUUUCGAGUGCCGACUUUGUCUCACUGUCCACCAAAAUGACGGUUCCUACCUUGCCCACACUCAGGGCCGCAAACACCAAACGAACCUUGCACGACGAGCCGCUCGCGAACAGCGCGAAGGCAAGGGCCAAGAUGCCUCCGCUAUGGCCGGAUUCGCUGGCGUGCAGGUCAAGAAGCAGAUGAUUAAGAUCGGACGACCUGGAUACAAAAUCACUAAGAUCCAAGACCCUCUCACGCGCCAACACGGUCUGCUGUUCCAAUUGCUCUACCAGGAGAUCACACCGGGCGUUGUGCCGCGUGUUCGAUUCAUGUCGGCUUUCGAGCAGAAGAUUGAGGAGCCGGAUAAUAACUAUCAGUACUUGGUUGUUGCCGCUGAGCCCUACCAGACGUGUGGGUUUAAGCUGCAGGCUAAGGAGAUUGAUCGCCGCGAUGGCCAGUACUGGACUUGGUUUGAUGAGGAUAGCAAGGAGUUCUGGGUGCAGAUCAUGUUCAAGACUGAGCGUGAGGAGCGAUUCAGCGGUGUGCCUGGUCUGGCGCCGAUGCAGACUUGA